UCAACUUUAUCUAGGAUGCUGUGUCAGAAUGUUCACCAAUUUCAUCAGAAGCUUGUCCGCAGGCGGCCCCUGGAGCCCAGGGAGGGGUUUGAGAGUCACAUGGCCCAUCGUCUGAACAUCCUAGACCUGGUGGCCUUGGGUAUGGGCAGCACCCUGGGAGCUGGUGUGUACAUCGUCGCUGGAGAAGUGGCUGUAUAUAAAGCUGGACCAGCGAUUGUCAUCUGCUUCUUGGUGGCCGGCCUGUCUUCUGUGUUGUGUGGGCUCUGCUUUGCAGAUUUGGCAGCCCGGGCACCAUGCUCUGGUUCUGCCUAUCUCUACAGCUAUGUCACGGUGGGACAACUGUAUGCCUUCGUCAUUGGUUGGAACCUCAUGCUGUCCUAUGUCAUUGGUACCGCCAGCGUGGCCAGAGCCUGGAGCUAUACCUUUGACAGCCUGAUUGGGAACCACAUCUCUCAGGCGUUACAGGGAACUUUCUCUCUGUACAUGCCCUUCUCCCUGGCCACAUAUGCAGACUUUUUUGCACUGGGCCUGGUGCUGCUGCUCAUGGGAGUACUGGUUCUGGGAGCUCGUGAGUCGGCCCUGGUUAACAAAGUGUUCACAGGCAUCAACCUUUUGGUUCUCAGCUUCAUCAUCCUCUCUGGCUGCAUUAAGGGGGAUCUGCACAACUGGCAGCUCACGGAGCAGGACUACACAUUGAACACAUCUGGACCCAGUGACACCUAUAGCUUGGGCCCUCUGGGUUCUGGAGGGUUUGUGCCUUUUGGCUUUGAAGGGAUUCUUCACGGAGCAGCAAUGUGUUUCUACGCCUUUGAUGGCUUUGAUGUUAUUGCCAUUACAGGGGAAGAAGUCCAGAAUCCUCAUCGUUCCAUCCCCUUGGGCAUCGUCUUCACGAUCUCCAUCUGCUUUUUGGCAUAUGUUGGUAUUUCAGCGGCCCUCACCCUUAUGGUGCCCUACUACCGGAUUCACCCUGAGAGCCCCUUGCCGCAGGCUCUUCUCCAUGUUGGGUGGGGCCCUGCCAGAUAUGUCGUGGCUGUUGGCACCCUCUGUGCUCUUUCAUCCAGCCUCCUGGGUGCCAUGUUCCCCAUGCCUCGGUUAACAUAUGCAAUGGCAGAAGACGGGCUCCUUUUCCGGGGACUUGCCCGGAUCCAUCCCCGCACAGGCACCCCCAUCAUGGCCACCUUGGCUUCUGGAACUCUUGCAGGGGUCAUGGCAUUACUCUUUGAGUUCCAUGGCCUUGUGAACCUCAUGUCAAUUGGGACCCUGUUUGCUUACUCCCUGGUGGCUCUUUCUGUUCUUGUCCUCAGAUAUCAACCAGAUCAGAAUUUCAGCAAGAAGGAGAAAACAGAGGAGGAAAUUGAGAUGGAGGCUGAAGUUGAAGAAACUCCUUUGGAAUCUGUACCUAAAGCAGGAACCUCAAAGAUUCUCAAGAGCCUGUGUGACCCUCUUGACACCAUCCCCACUCUGGCAUCUGGCCAGAUUGUCUACGGAUGUGCCUUACUGCUUGUUCUCCUGCUGACCAUCCUGAGCCUGGUGCUGGCCCGGUGGCCCAGCGGUGUGUUCUCUGGAGACCCCGUGUCCAUAACAGUGGCUGUGCUGCUGCUGCUGCUCAUCGUGGGGGUCACGGUCAUCAUUUGGAGGCAGCCCCAGAGCCCUGCUCCUCUUCCCUUCAAGGUCCCUGCUUUGCCUGUCCUUCCCCUGCUGAGCAUCUUUCUGAAUGUUUACUUGAUGAUGCAGAUGACCUCUGGCAUCUGGGUCCAAUUUGGCAUCUGGAAUGCCAUUGGAUUUGCCAUAUACUUUGGAUAUGGGAUCCGACACAGCUUGGAGGAGAACAAGGAUCAACAGCCACCAGCCUCCACCUCCCAGAUGCUUGACAGCAAUGUCCCUAGUGAUGAAUCAUCUUAGUCACAGGAAAUAGAUGCUGUGUUGAAUUCCUGCAUGCACUGGAGAUAUCGGCUGGUUCAAGGGGCACUUUGAGCCUCUAUGGUGUGUGAUGGUGGAAUGCAUUUAGGGCCCUGUAUUUAUUGCCAGCGGA